AAAUUAAUUUCUUGUCUCACUCCAAAGCUAGUAAAUCAAAUGCGCGCUCUCAUUUUCUCACUGUUGAUAUUAUUUCCCUUUCUUCUUUUUCUUUCUCUCUCUCUCUCUCUCUCUUUCAAUAUGUGGUCUUUUGUUGCUGGUUAUAUCGAACACAUGCAUAUAAAAUGCACAUGUAAUAUAUUACAUGUAUAUAGAUAUAUAUAUUUCAAUCGUGAACAAGUAACUGAGAUGAGCCGAACUAAGCCGAAUGUAUCCAAUGUUCGGUUCGCACCGGCCGAGCCCGGAGGACAAUCGUGUAUAAACAUCACGUAUGCCUGUGUUGCUAAGCGCUCCAGUGGGGUUGUCAAAAUCAGCAGGCAAUACUGCGGUAUGAAGAGUGAAGGGUACGAGCACGAGUAUAUAAAUACAUCGCUAGUACCGGCACCCAUCAGUUUACAACAAAGUAUAAAGAGAUGUCCAUGUUAAAUUUUUGAUCGAUCUCGACGCUGAUGAAACAACAAAUAUAGUUUCAUACAGUUUUAUUAAUUUUCAUUAGUUUACCAAUUAAUAAAAAGUAGUUUCAAAUUUACAAUUAAACUUGAUAUUAUUCAUAAAUAAAUAUAUAAAAAAAGUAGUGCCUUUUGUGAUAAAGAAAAAUAAAAUAAAAAAUUUCUUUUGUUAUAAAUUUGUCAUCAAUAAAUUGUUACAAUGGAAGUGUUACCAUGUCCAGUAAAUGUAAAUUUUAAUAAUAAUAGAGCUGGAUACGUGACUGACGAAUUGGACGGUGCAUGUCAAGCACUAACAAAAAGGUUGGAGGUCGAGUUAAGGGCAGCCAAGCAUGCUCAGCUGACUUGCGGUGAAGUAUUAUUACCGGCUGAUCUCUUGCCGAGAAUCGCCAAAGAUGUUCUUGCAAUGGCAGAAAAUGAGCCAUGUGGUCUCAGGGGUUGUACGCUGUUUAUAAAUUUUGAGACUGAUAGUAUUUGUCGAAGGCUUACAAGAAUACAGUGUGAUCCAAAUACUGUUUCAACAUUCGAAUUAUAUCUUACACUUAAACAAGAUCAUACGUCGUGGCACAUACUUUUACCACAGUUUUUAAAAAAUCUUACCCGUGGUGGUACAGUUAUGAUUAGCCGAUUUUUCACACUCGAAAAAAAGAAACUGUUCAGAUCGUAUCAAUAAAUAAGCACCAAAAUGAAUUCUCUUACGGUGAUGAUAGUUAGACUCAAUAAUACAAAUUAUUUACGAUGACAAUCGUACGAGAAUUUUAAAAUUCAACAAAGAAUCUACAGACAUAUGACGUAGUAAGUGUAUGGUACAAUUCAUUUUUCCAUUCUUUUUUUUUUUUUUUUCGCAUUGUAUUAAUAGUUGAUAAUACAAAUUAUCAAAGAGUUUAUCAACUAAAUCCUGCUGAUGUUAAUUAUUAAGUGAAAAAAGCUAAUAUAUUUCGG